GGGCCCCAUCCCAAAUAUGCUAUCUGUCACUUAUGUGUCAGGCAGGUGAGUCAUGGUCUGGGGGUCACCAUGGGUACCACUGCCCUGUCAAAGCAUCUGAGGAGCACUGGCCGAGAGGAGUUGGAUUAAGGUGGCUACAUUCCCAUGGGGCAGCACCAUGAUCCGCCUCUGGCUCCUACAAAUAUGAAGGUUGACUGGAGCAAGCUCCUGGAGCAGGUGGAUGCCCUCAUUUUAUGGGCCAGCCAGAGGGAAAAGGAAGUGCUAAGGAUGGAGAGGACCAUAGAAUGGUGGGAGAGGAGUGGGAGAGGAAAGGAACAAGCAUUGGAGGAAGAGGGAAUGGCCAUCCUGACGAUGAAGUAGGGGAGAGCUGUGAAGGAGCUAUGCCUGCAGCCAGAAAAGGGCCUGCCUGCAGCAACACAUCCCAUCCAUUCUGUCUAA